GCGUCGCCUCGUCGUCUGACAGCUGGCUCAGACAGGAGCGGAGGUGGCCAACGAGAGGGAGAGGACUGUUGAUGGCUCCGGUGUCUUCCAGGAGGAUCUACUGAGUGUUCCGGGACCGACCCAGAAGCCAUCGCAGACCCGGUGAGGCCAUGGACGAGCAGGCGGGCCCCGGUGUCUUCUUCAACAGCGGCGGAGGAGGCGGCGGCGGCGGCGGCGGCGGCAUUGGAGGCGUCGGCGGUUCGCCCGGCGGUGCGAACAUCAAAGCGCCGCAGACUACCGGCGACGUCGGGGGCGGAGAGGCGGCCCGGGCUCAGUACAACAUCCCGGGGAUUUUACACUUUCUCCAGCACGAGUGGGCCCGCUUCGAGGUGGACCGCGCGCACUGGGAGGUCGAGCGGGCCGAGCUGCAGGCUCAGAUAGCCUUCCUGCAGGGGGAGAGGCGGGGCCAGGAGAACCUGAAGAACGACCUGGUGAGACGGAUCAAGAUGCUAGAGUACGUCCUCAAACAGGAGAGGGCCAAAUACCACAAGACGAAGUACGGCACGGAGCUGAACCAGGGAGAGAUCAUCCCUCCCAGUUAUGACUCAGAUGAGGGGAAUGACAGUGAGGCUCCCAGUCCUCCAAACAGCAGCCAUCAGCUCAGCUGGAAACAAGGACGCCAGCUGCUCAGACAAUACCUGCAGGAAGUGGGGUACACAGACACCAUCCUGGAUGUGAAGUCUCAGCGAGUGAGAGCGCUGCUCGGUCUGACCGGCGACUCGGGGGAGAAACCUCCGGAGAGGAGAGCCGAACCGAUGGUCAACGGCACCGAGCCGUCCUCGCCGAAGGACGACGUGGUGGGCGGCAAACCCGACAUGUCGGACUCGGCCAGCGCGUUGGAGGCCUUCAAGUUCAUCGAGAGCGCUGCAGCAGAGUUCAGCGACGAGGACGAGGAGGAGGAGGAGGAAGAGGAGGACAGCGAAGGGCGGGACAGGAGCAUGUUGCACCUGGCUACAGUAAGACCUGAACACACCGGUGACCUCCCAGUGACCUUGACCAUCACGGAAAUGGUGAGGAAGAAGCAUUCGUCCACCCCUUCCUCCACGACCUCCGACCUCAGCGACGACCCCGACACGGAGGAGGCGCUGAAGGGGUUCGAUUUCCUGGCGAGUCCAGACGAGCUGGACGGGUCACCGGAGUCCAGGAGUGGGGAGGACAGCGGAGAGUGGGAGAAGGAAGAGUCUCCUCAGGGGGAAGUGGCCUGGGACGUGGACCAGGGACUGAUAGCCCAGCUCAAGGAGCAGUACAGGAAGGAACGCAAGGGCAAGAAGGGGGUGAAGAGGCCAAACCGGUCCCGGCUCCAGGACAUGCUGGCUAACCUGCGGGAGGGGGAGGAGCCUCCCCUGCAGCCGCCGGUGACGCCCCCCUCCCGUCCCAGUGUUCCCAGACUGAAUGAGCAAGAAGCGGGGCGCCCUGACGACGAGGCGAUGACGUUCCUGCCGUCCAACGGGAAGUCGUUCAUACUGGGCAGAGUGGACGAGGCGGUUUCUAACGAGCUGGGACUGGGAGAACUGGCCGGACUGACGGUCGCCAACGAGGCCGACAGCCUGGCGUACGACAUCACCAACAACACGGACGCUCUGAGGAAAACCUGGAACCCCAAGUUCACCCUGCGGAGCCACUUCGACUCGGUCCGCGGUCUGGCCUUCCACCCGGUGGAGCCGGUCCUGGUCACGGCCUCCGAGGAUCACACCCUCAAGCUGUGGAACCUCCAGAAGACGGCGCCCGCCAAGAAAUGUGCCGCUCUAGACGUGGAGCCCAUCUACACGUUCAGAGCUCACAGCGGCGCCGUGCUGUGCGUCACCAUGAGCUCGAGCGGUGAGCAGUGCUUCAGCGGCGGGGUGGACGGUACCAUCCAGAGCUGGAACACCCCCAACCCCAACAUCGACCCCUACGACUCGUAUGAGCCCUCCGUCCUGCGGGGGGCGCUGUGCGGUCACACGGACUCGGUGUGGGGCGUGGUCUACAGCUCCGCCCACCAGCGCCUCCUCUCCUGCUCGGCCGACGGGACGGUCCGGCUGUGGAACGCCGCCGACACCUCGCCGUCUCUCGCCGUGUUCAACGAGAGAGGAGAGCUCGGCGUGCCGACGUCGGUGGACCUGGUGAGCAGCGACCCGGCUCACAUGGUGACGUCCUUCACCAGCGGCCACAUCGGGCUCUUCAACAUGGAGACGCAGCAGCUGGUCCUGAAGCUGGAGUCUGCCGGACCGCCAGAAGCUCCCUGCAAGAUCAAUAAAGUGCUGAGUCACCCCACGCUGCCAAUCACCAUCACAGCUCAGGAGGACCGGCACAUCCAGUUCUUCGAUAAUAACACAGGUAAACUGAUCCACUCGAUGGUCGCUCACCUGGACUCGGUCACGUGUCUCGCCGUGGAUCCAAACGGACUUUACCUCAUGUCUGGAAGUCACGACUGCUCCGUCCGCCUGUGGAACAUGGAGACCAAGACCUGCAUCCAGGAGUUCACCGCCCACCGCAAGAAGUCCGAGGAGUCGAUCCACGACGUGGCGUUCCACCCCACCAAGUGCUACAUCGGCAGCGCCGGCGCCGACGCGCUCGCCAAGGUCUUCGUAUGACCGGGGGAACUCGGCGUGGGGGGGGGAGGGGGGAGUGGCCAGCCAAAGAGGGUGGAGCUUGUUCUCCAACCUCCUUGAGGAAGCACAAAGCUGGAGGUGACCGUUUUCCCGGACUGCCCCUUUAAGAUUUUGUCAAAUAUAGGAGGACUUGAUUUGUCAAAUAAACACACACACACACAUAUAAACAAACACACACACAUAUAAACAAACACACACACACACACACACACACACACCCUUUUCGGACUUAGGCUGGCCCGGGUCCCGAAACAAACAAACCUCUGGAUGAGACGAUGAAUGAAACAGGAAGUGGCUAAAUAUAUAUAAAACUCUCGGUACAUUUUUAGUAAAGCUGGAAUUAUUAUUUUUAUUUUUUAUUUUAACACAUAAAAACAAACCCCCUCCGGCCUCAUUGACCCCCAAACACUCCGGUAAACGCAGCCCGUGUCUGUUGAUGCUGCUUUGAAGCAUUGUUCAUGAUUAAUGUGCCUUUUUGUUCUUCACAAAACAUUAAUUAAUUAUCUUUUCAAAAGUAAGAAAAAAGAAAACAACACUUCUUUUUUUUUUUUUUUUUUUAAAGAAAAUUCUGUCGUAGGAAUGUGAAGACUAAAUCCUCAUUUCCCCUCAAGACGACGUCCCACUCUGCACAGGAUUCCGUGGAUUUUUGUAAUUCUUUUUUUUUAUAUAUAUAUAUAUAUAUAUAUAUAUAUAUAUAUAUAUAUAUAUUAAUUUGGAGGCAUCUUAAAUUUCUCCCGUUUUAAGUUGUUCCCCGCAGACCGAAGAAGACUUUUUAUUCCGUCUGAUUUUGGAGAUACCGUGAACGCUGGGAGAGGUCAAAGGUCACACGACUCUCUAUUCUUUUAUUUUUACGGUGCGUGCGCCGUAGAAAAAGAGAAAACGGUGUCAUAGUCGUGAUGCCAAAUUAAGAAAUUGAUUGGUAUCAGCAGUAUUAAAAAAUAAUAAUAUUUGUCUUGAAUUGUGAGUUUAAGGCGUCAGUGUGUGGGAUGUAGAGGCCUCUAGUGGUGAGAUUGCAGAUUGCACUCAACCGAAUACCCGACGUCGUAGAUGUUGAUUAGAUACGAAGGGCUCAAAAACACAAUAAUUCUUAGUAUCAGGAUAUAUACACUAAUAAAAACAUCGCUAUGAAUAUUUUUAUUCCAUUUCUGCCAAUAGAUCCCAUGACAUCCUACACACUGGCCCUUUAAGAGAGACGGAAACCACCGCGCUGCAGCACUUUGGCGUCUCUUUUAAAGUCACACACACACACACACACACACACACAUUUCCCCCCCGAGCACAAACACACACAGACGCACUCGUUCUGGAGCUCAUCUUUUAUAUUUGAACACUACGGAGGACUUUUAUUUUAUUUAUUUAUCCUGUGUCGUUAAUGAGCCUCCACCUUGCACACACGUGACCGCCAUGUGACACUUUGACAGUUUUAAAUUUAAAAAAACAACAACAACAAAUUUAUCUGAAUUAACAGAAAUAUUUCUUGGCCGACGUUUUAAUUUUUUUAACAUUUUUUUUUUAAAUUCUUUGCAGGGUUGUGAAAUAUUUUGUAUUGAAUCUCUUCUGCUUCGUUAGUUUUGAUCAACGUUGUGUUGCCGAGGCUCCGUUUGAAAAACCUGCUUCUUUUUUCUUUUUUUUUAAAAAAUAUUGUGUAUUUAUCUGUUUUUACUUUGAUCACAUAAAAGUAUUUAUUAAUUACUUAACAACGCCAAAUUUAAAGCCUCAAGGUGGAAGCGAGACAACGUAAUGCAGCACUUUUAGAAACACGAGCUCCUCCCCAGAUGUGUAAAUGCUUUAUAUGCUGACUGCCUGAACAUAUUGUAUUUUGAGUAAUUAUUAUCAUUAUUAAUAUUACAUUAUUGGGAGCGAUUUACUAGUUGUUUUUUUAAACAGGUUUUGUGUGUUUGGUGACAGAUUUUGGGUUUUUUAAAGACGUGUUCUCUGUUUUACUUGAAAGGUGAAGUUUAUUCCUUCGGGGUGUCGUAAGAAGUACAAAUACAUGACUUUUACCUCUUAGCACUACAUAAUAAUAAUUAUUUUUUUGUUGCUUUUUACCAAAAUGAUCAUCUCAAAAGAAACGCAGCUGUGAGGGAAACGUCGGGGAGUUUGU